CCUCCUCUUUUCAUAGAAGGUACUAUCGUUUCACACCUUCACCACCCCUCACCGGAAAAACAAAUGUCUUCCAACGUGGUGGUGGUUCUCGACAACGGCGCCGGCCAAAUCAAAGCCGGCUUCGCCGGCGAACGCGACCCAACCACCAUCGUCCCAAACUGCACCGCCCGUCCUCUCUCCUCCAAAAAAUUCCUAAUAGCAGACCAACUCCUCUCCCCAUCGGAAGACCUCACCUCCGCCGUCCUCCGCCGCCCCUUCGACCGCGGCUACCUCAUCAACCCCGACCUCCAAUCCUCCAUCUGGUCCCACAUCUUCUCCUCCCUCCUCCACAUCACCCCUUCCUCAUCCUCCUUACUCCUAACCGAACCCUUAUUCAACCUCGCGUCGAUCCAACGCGCCACAGACGAAAUAAUAUUCGAAGAGUUUAAUUUCAGAUCUCUGUUCGUAUCCGACUCGCCGUCGCUGGUUCAUUUAUACGAAGCGAGUAGGCGGCCGUACGACGUCGUAUCGAAGGCGCAGUGUAGUUUAAUUGUGGACGUAGGGUUUAGUUUUACUCACGCGGCUCCGGUGUUUCAGAACUUUACGGUGAAUUAUGGUGUGAAGAGGAUGGAUCUGGGCGGGAAAGCGUUGACGAAUUAUUUGAAGGAGUUAGUUAGUUAUAGAUCGGUUAAUGUUAUGGAUGAGACGUUUUUGAUUGAUGAUGUCAAGGAGAAGUUGUGCUUCGUUUCGAGCGAUGUGGCUCGUGAUUUGCAGAUUGCUAGGAGGCGUGGAAACGACAAUCACUUUAGGUGCACAUAUGUGCUUCCAGAUGGCAUCACACACACAAGGGGAUACGUAAAAGACCCCAUCGAAGCACAGAAAUAUCUUACUUUAUCCGAAGAUGGUGAACUUCCACAGUCUGAAGAAACCGACGAGGCUGAUCAAACCGAAGCCAAAAACAAACCAUCGGAAAGGAGUAAAGUUGAUCUUACAAAAAAUGAAUUCAGCUUGAGCAACGAGCGGUUUCUUGUCCCCGAGAUGAUAUUUCGUCCAGCUGAUUUGGGAAUGAACCAAGCUGGACUGGCGGAAUGUAUAGUUCGAGCUGUUAAUUCUUGCCAUCCUCAUCUUCAUCCUGUUCUGUAUGAAAGUAUCAUAUUGACAGGUGGAAGCACAUUAUUUCCCGGUUUUGCCAAAAGAUUAGAAAACGAUCUGCGCCCCCUUGUUCCAGAUGUGUACCAAGUGAAAAUAACAACUCAAGAAGACCCCAUAUUAGGUGUUUGGCGAGGGGGGUCGUUAUUGGCAUCUAGCCCUGAUUUUGACGCGAUGUGCGUCACGAAAGCCGAGUAUGAAGAGCAUGGAUCAUCCCGUUGCCGUAGGCGAUUCUUUCAUUAACCUCUUUGUCGGUAUUAGGUGGUGUAGAACUAGAAUUAAGGAUGCGUGUGUCGUCGUCGUUCUAACGUAGGGUAGAUGAAUCAAGUUCCAAAAGCAAAAUGUUGAAUUUCAAGAUUGGUUUAAGAUUGUAAAAAUGCAAGAAAGUCAAGUGCUUUCAUGAUUGUUAGUGUGCUUGAACAAAAAUGCUAUCUUGUAAAACUGAAAUAAUUAUGUAGAUAAAAUCAAGCAUUUUGGCAACACUGGUUUUGAAUUGACCCUUGAUUAAUGUUAUAUUCAUGUUCAAGGUC